GUUUACUGACCACGGAAUACCGCGGGCACUGAUCGUCGUUUACAGCGCCGCCAUGUUGGUCAGCCAAGGCUUCAGAAAGCUGUAUUAUAGCUCUGCAAGGCCAGUGAUUGGUGUGGCAGUUUCUUGUCAGCGGAGUGUCAGUUACUUGCCGAAGGCAGGACCUGGUGGAAGGUCAUCCUUCAGUGGGGUUGUAGCAACAGUGUUUGGUGCCACUGGAUUCUUGGGAAGAUAUGUCUUAAACAGAUUAGGACGCAGUGGAAAUCAAAUCAUUGUUCCAUACCGAGGAGAUGAAAUGGACUACCGAAGCCUCAGGCUGAUGGGAGAUCUUGGACAGAUAAUGUUCUUUGAUUAUCACCUGAAGGAUGUUGAGUCUGUGGCUAAAAUGAUGAAGCAUUCAAAUUGUGUGAUCAACUUGAUUGGCAGACAAUAUGAAACAAGGAAUUUCUCGUUUGAUGAUGCCCAUUGUGAGGGAGCCAGAGUUAUUGCCCAAGCUGCCAGAGAGGCGGGAGUAAAGCGUCUAAUCCAUGUGUCAGCUCUCAAUGCCAGUGAAGAAAGCCCUUCAAAGUUCCUACAGUCUAAGGCUCGUGGGGAAAUGGCUGUGAGACAGGAGUUUCCUGAAGCCACCAUACUGCGACCUGGCACAUUUUUUGGACAUGAAGAUCACUUCUUGAACUACUACGCAUAUCUCGGGAGAUUUCCAAUGGGCAUUCCACUCAUUGAUGGAGGCAUGAACACGACCAAAAUGCCUGUUUAUGUGGCGGAUGUAGCCCAAGCUGUAGUGAAUGCGGUUACGAACGACCAGAGCAUUGGACAAACAUUUCAACUAACUGGCCCAGAAGAGUAUUAUCUGCUUGACAUUUUGGACUACAUUUACCGGUUGAUGAGGAAGGACCUGCGAUACUACACUAUGCCCAGGCCGAUUUACAACAUGGUUGCCUGGGGCAUGGAACAGUCUAUAUUCAACCCACGCCUUACAAGAGACAUGCUGCUUAGGGUAAGAAAGGAGCUUGACUUGAAUGUAACCUUGGAUGUAAACAGACAAGCCUUGGCUUCGGGCAUUUUUCGCGACAAAGACUGGACCUUUUCUCGUGAAUAACGUAUUCCCGAACAUUUUCCAGUCACAAUACCCAAUUUGUAAGAUGCUCGCUGGCAUCUCUAUCCUUCUCCAUAGAAAGACCUGCGCUUUUAAAGUACACUCA